GGGGGGGGGAUGGAUGGGGCCACAAAUGACAGGGGGGGCACGGGCCCGAGUGCCCCCCCCCCCUGGAUCCGCCACUGGUUUCCCAGUGUGUUACCAAACCUGUGGGGACCAGGAAUGUAGACUGAGGAGAAGACUUGGACAUAUCAUACACAGAUGAGCACCAGUGAGGGAGAACCAGCACCAUCCAGCCAUGUGGGCAGGAAGAGGAAGAGCAAUGGAAGGAAUGUUUCUGACAAUUUCUUGGACAUUUCACGGUAUUUUCCAAAAGAAGAAUGGUUGGAGAUGUCAGAGUGGGAGAAAAUUCGCUACAGAAAUCUAAAGCAAAACUACAAGAAACUGCUAGAGAUAGGUUUCAAUGCACGAAAACCGAUUUUUAUGACCAAGCAGCGCAAGAAUAAUGCAGAUAUCUGCAGUGAUUCUGAUGAAGACUGGACACCAAAGCUUGAAGCCAGAGUGCGAAGCGUUGGGACACGUCACAAGUCAAAUCUAUUUAGAACAGAAAUAAAGGAUGUGAUGCAGAACAAUGAGACAAUCCAUAAUGGAGGAGACAAUGAUGAGCAGAGUCUUGUAGCUGCUCACUCUGAAAACAAGAAUUUAGCAGAAGAUGUCAUAUCUGAAUCUGAUAAUUCUCCUAGUAUUGAUGAAUACCAAAGCGCUGAGAAUUCUGGUGUUGAGAAUACAAUUUAUAGGGAAGACUGUUCAGCAAGCAAUGACAUGGAGAUACAGUGCUACCGAACUCACAGUUUAAGAAACAAAGAAAGAAAAAUAUAUACAGAAAUGAAUGAACUACAAGACGAUGACUUCUUGUUCUGUGAAGAAUGUCAGUCUUUUUUCCUGGAUGAGUGUGAAGUACAUGGUGCUCCCGUUUUCAUGCAGGAUACUGUAGUAGAAAUGGGAACUGAUAAGAGGGCAGCACUUACACUGCCUCCCUCAAUGAGAAUCAGUGUCUCUGGGAUUCCACGUGCUGGAUUAGGUGUUUGGAAUGAGGGCACCACGCUUCCCAAAGGAACACACUUUGGUCCUUAUGAGGGAAUUACAGCUGAUGAAGAUGAGGCAGCUACUAGUGGCUAUUCUUGGCAGAUUACUAAAGGUAAAGAUUCUCAUGAGUACAUAGACGCCAGGGAUGAAAAGAAUGCUAACUGGAUGAGGUAUGUGAAUUGCGCAAGACAUGAAGAAGAACAAAAUCUUGUUGCUUUCCAGUACCGCAGGCAAAUCUACUAUCGGGCAUGUAAGGCUAUUAUUCCAUACACAGAACUCCUUGUAUGGUAUGGAGAAGAAUAUGGAAAAGAGCUUGGUAUCAGAUGGGGCACAUUGUGGAAACAUAAAGCACCAUUACGAGUACAAAGAGUGACGGCAGUUAUCCAUCCCUGGCAAUGCUGUAAAAUUGCCUUUAGUACUGAAGAUUUUCUCCAAAAGCAUAUGAGGGCUAAGCACUGUGAGAGACAUUUAUCCGUGAGACAACUGAAGAAAGAGAAAUUGUCCAGUGUAUCAAAUCCAGCACAAACAGAAGUUUCCGUCACCCUUACAGAAAAUACUGAGAACAGUGGAUCAAGGCUGGGGAGCGCUUCUCUCAAUGAACUCAAUCAAAAGUAUGCAGAACAAGACUGUGACCGUGAAGUAAAUUCUUCUACAGAUAUUAUUUCACAACAAAACAGAAUUGCUCAAAAGACACUCAAUGUGUCUGGCCAGAGCCUUUUAUGUGGAUAUAAAGGGCAGACUAUACAAGCAGUAAGGGGAUGCUUAAAUCCAGUAACACACACAGGGGAGAGACCAUAUGCAUAUGAGUGUGAGAAGCGUUUCUCAGUAUUGGGGAACCUGAAGAGACACCAGAGGACACACACAGGGGAGAGGUCAUAUGUAUGUGAGGAGUGUGAGAAGCGUUUCUCAGUAUUAGCGAGCCUGAAGAUACACCAGAGGAUACACACAGGGGAGAGGCCAUAUGUAUGUGAGGAGUGUGAGAAGCGUUUCUCACAAUUAAGGGACCUGAAGAUACACCAGAGGACACACACAGGGGAGAGGCCAUAUGUAUGUGAGGAGUGUGAGAAGCGUUUCUCAGUAUUAGCGAGCCUAACAAGACACCAGAGGAUACACACAGGGGAGAGGCCAUAUGUAUGUGAGGAGUGUGAGAAGCGUUUCUCACAAUUAGGGGACCUGAAGAUACACCAGAGGACACACACAGGGGAGAGGCCAUAUGUAUGUGAGGAGUGUGAGAAGCGUUUCUCAGUAUUAGCGAGCCUAACAAGACACCAGAGGACACACACAGGGGAGAAGCCAUAUGUAUGUGAGGAGUGUGAGAAGCGUUUCUCACAAUUAAGGGACCUGAAGAUACACCAGAGGACACACACAGGGGAGAGGCCAUAUGUAUGUGAGGAGUGUGAGAAGCGUUUCUCAGUAUUAGCGAGCCUAACAAGACACCAGAGGACACACACAGGGGAGAAGCCAUAUGUAUGUGAGGAGUGUGAGAAGCGUUUCUCAGUAUUAGCGAGCCUGAAGAUACACCAGAGGACACACACAGGGGAGAAGCCAUAUGUAUGUGAGGAGUGUGAGAAGCGUUUCUCAGUAUUAGCGAGCCUGAAGAUACACCAGAGGACACACACAGGGGAGAAGCCAUAUGUAUGUGAGGAGUGUGAGAAGCGUUUCUCAGUAUUAGGGAAGCUGAAGACACACCAGAGGACACACACAGGGGAGAAGCCAUACGUAUGUGAGGAGUGUGAGAAGCGUUUCUCAGUAUUAGGGAAGCUGAAGAGACACCAGAGAACACACACAGGGGAGAGGCCAUAUGUAUGUAAGGAGUGUGGAAAGGGAUUCUCACAAUUAAGGAGCCUGAAGUCACACCAGAGAACACACAAAUAAGAGACCAUACAUGCGAGAAACAAAUGAAAACUGUUUUGUGCAGGAAGCCUAAGAGAGAUUUUAAAUAUAAAAAUGUGAAUAAUCUGAAGCUUAAAAUUGCAUUAUAAUCUAUACAGUUUUGUAUUCUGUCGCAAAGUAAUGCCCCCUACACAUUCAGGGACCCGCUGCCAAGCUGCCCGACAGCGGAUAAAGGCGACCUGGCGGCGGUUGGGGAGAUGAAGGGGGAGUGAAGUUUCUUCACUCCUCCCCCCGUCACCUGGCUCCAUAGCAGUGCAUGCUAAUAUGGACGAGAUUGUCCAUAUUAGCCUGCACGCAUAAGCGACUCGGCACCAACUAUGAACAAGCGCGGGGCCGCGCAUCGUUCAUAGUUGUUGCCUUCACCCUGAACAAUAUGAAUGAGUUCUCGCUCAUUAAUGAGCGAGAACGUUCAUAUCGUUCACUUAUAUCUUUAAGUGUGUAGGGCCCUUAAGAGUAUGUUUGUGCCUGAAUUAUAGUUCAGAUAUUUGUUGCAUAUUCGUGUUCUGAUAAAUACCUUACUGUGAAUAGUAUUUUCCAUCAGAGUACUAUUUUAUGUAAGUAACCAAAGCUUUAGUAAUGUCUCCCUGUCUAAUGUGAGUGAGAGAGAGAGAGCUGAAGCAUGUAAGCUGGUUCCUGCUCCUCUCCCAUUCAUGAAGCCAGCAAUUGCCGCGUGUGAUGUGUUAUUGGGUUGUAUCCUCUUCAGUGUUGUUGCCAUAGCAACUCUUGUAAUCUGAUAUCACCUGGGCACAAAUCUCAUUAUUGGCAGAGUGCCUCUCGGUCACUACGCAGCAUAUCCCAAGUCACUUUCCAGUGUCAUUGAGGGUAUACCUUUAUGUAUUAUGGUACACAGGUUUUACAGCAAUAGUCACAUUCUUUGUUUGCAACAACUGAAAAGUUAUAACAAAGGAGCUGCAAUAAUAAACAGAGUCAUUGAUUACAA